AUGUUAGCCAUCGCUUUCCGACCUCUGCCUGAACCCGAUGAGCUGGUGAAAAUUAUAGCAUCGGGGAAUGUCGCGGCACUCACAGGUACUCAGCUGAGUAUGCUUGCGGAUGAAGUGCCCACGCCAGAUUUUGUGGAAGAGCUGGCGGCGAUGGAGACCAGGAGCCUUCAAGAGGGAACUCAAGCCCAAUGGGAUACACCGGAACAGUAUCUCGUGGCUUUAUCGACCGCCGAUGAUGCCCAAAGUGUGUUGACAGCAUGGGCAUUUGGGGCGAACGUCCGGGAUGGUCUUCUGGUGGAUGUCAGCAAACAGCUAGAUGCUUUGGAUGCCGCGUGCACUGGACUGAGAGAGUCCAGAGAAUUGGUGGAUCUGGUCAGAGUGAUGCUAUCGAUCGGCAACAGAGUAAAUGCUAAUACAGCGAGAGGCGGGGCAGAGAUCCUCAGUAUCGAUUCUCUCCUGAAGUUCGACAGUGUCCGCAGUCCCUGUGAUCCCACGAUGACCUUGCUGAGAUAUUGUGUACAAACUUGGAAGAAGAAAAACGGUCGAUCGCCGAGCAUGAUUUCAAUGUUCACUAAGUUGCUGACCCCGGUGACCAAUCCGAAAACGAAGAUUCCGGACAUCAAGGAGGUCGAGAACGACGUGAAACGCAUUGCUGAGCUAUCGAGAAAAGCGAAGACUCUGUUGGAACGUUUGAGGCAACAACCGAAUUAUGAGAAGGAAGUUAUCCCAUUGAUCGAAGACGGUAUCAAGAAGACAGAUGAACUGCAGGAGCGCCUCAAGAAGACGAUGAUGAACUGGAAGUUAACUCUGCAGUAUUUCUGUGUGAGGAACGAGACUCCAAUGGCCGAGAAAUCAGACGAAUUUUUCGAUUUGAUGAAGAAGUUCAUCCUAUUAGUUGGAAAUUAUGCUGCAAUGGAUUAG